AUGGCUAAACCGAGGCUCUCCUUCUUGCUCAUUCUUUCGAUUUCUUGCAUGAUCAUGGGCACAGUCGAGCCAUCCUUUGCCAGACGUUCUAAGUCCAGGGCUUAUGUUGAGGCCUCCUGCAGGUCCACCCGAUAUCCAGAAUUGUGUAUUCAAAGUCUCUCAGGAUUUACCAACACGACAGAGUUACAAAGCCCGCAACAACUAGCCCAUAUCGCUUUAUCAGUGAGCCUUUACAAAGCUCGAUACACGAGGUCAUACUUGUUCAAGGUAUGUAAAGAACUCAAGGCGAUCAAGGCUAAGGAUUACCAGACUGUACAAGAUUGUCUGGAGCAAAUAAAUAGUGGUAUAGUUCAACUCACACAAUCAAUCAAAGAGCUCCGUUGCUUAAGCCAAAAAGUUGUGAAUGAUGACUCCCUUUUGCGCAUAAAUAAUGUUGAGACUUGGGUGAGUGCUGCCCUAACAGAUGCGAGCACUUGUGUCGAACAAUUCCCUGGGCGUAACAUGAGUAAACUGAAGGCCACAAUUAAGGGCAAGGUAUUGAAUGUUGAACAGGUCACUAGCAAUGCACUAGCGUUGUUUCAUCAGUUUGCCGUGAGGUAUCGGGCCAGUGCCACUAAAAAGCCAUAAAAAAGGCUGGCCCUUCUGAAGAUGUAAUUUAGCUUAUUCUCGUGGAUCAUAUUUGUUGAUUGUUGGGUAAGUUUGCUGUUGUAAUAUAAAUAUGUUAAGAAUAUCGAAGAUGUUCAA